UUGAAAGCUGGUUCUCAGGAAGAAACACCUCGUUCUGGUAAAAUUCCGAUACGCAUUCCUUUCCUUGCCGACGAAAAAGUCGAUCUAAAGCGUUUGGAAUCAGAAGGCAAACUCUUUGAAUAUGGAGAUCAAUUGAUCAGAUUCAGACCGUCUUAUCACGAUUACCCGUAUGAAGAACUGAUCCACAGUCAUCGUCGAAGGACCUGCAUGCUGUUCAUUAUCGCAGGCAUGGUCUUCCCAUGUGCAGUAGUUUUUCUGAUUUACUACGUAAAGCGGCUGUGCCAGAGGAGCCGCUUGACUCAUGGUCCCAUACUCAUUUCUCAGCUGACUGACGAAGACGAGCGAAUAAUCAAGCAUUGCGCUGAGCGACUACGCCGUUCGUCGAAGGGAACCGACCGGGAGCCAAUGCUGAAAGUGCGCCAAAAUCCUCUGGACGAAUUUCUCGAAUACAAUGACUCCGUGAGUACGGAUCACCUGAUGCCGAAAGAAAGCGCGUUAAGGAGGGAUAUCGUUUGA